UUUUCAUUUUUUAUUACUGAAAUGGAGCUUAUAAGUUAUAACUGAUACUGAUAGCUGCCACUUGUCAAAAUAUAUGACGAAAUUUGCGUCACCAGAAGCUACAAGCUCCGAAAAGCUCCAAAUUUUCUUUUGUGUCGGAAAAUCUUCAAAUGAAAAAUGUAACCCCAUAUAGCUAUUAUCUAGUUGGUUGACUUUUGCGAUAGAAGAGGAAGCGAUUUCGUGGUGGAAGAGAGAAAGAGAUGGAGACGAUCAACAAGAAGCCCAAGAGUGGCAAUCUCAAUUAUAACUCAAACUGGUCCGAUCUUCCAUCGGAAGUCUUGCAAUUAAUCAUCAAAAGGCUUCCAUUCGUGGACCUCCUCCGCUUUAAAGCAGUCUCUACAUCAUCUCUGUUGCUUCAGAAUUCCUAUGUCUCUUCUCCUUUUUACUCUCCAGUACCUCAAACUCCAUGGCUGAUGCUUCCUAGCGACCAAGAAGAUGACCCCAAUUCUCGCUGCUUCUUCAGUCUCUCGGAGAAAAAGGUUUACAAGCUCAACAACUUGCUGGAUGGCUUUCGCGGCCCGAUUCAUUAUGUAGGAUCCUCAUAUGGGUGGUUGAUAAUUUGGGAUGACAAAUAUAACCCAACUCUUCUCAAUCCGUUCUCAGGGGCUAAAUUUGCACUCCCACCAACAGUACCCAGGAAUCUUGUUUACCCAUCUCCCCGAAAAUAUAAGGAGUUGUCAAUAUGGAUGGGAAUUCGUAAAGCUAUCCUCUUCUCCGAUCCUUCUCGUACUGAAGACUUUCUAGUUGCAAUGCUUUAUGGCAUUGGAAGACUUGCGUUCUAUAAGCAUGGUGAAAGUAGUCCAUGGACCCACUUGACGAAAAAUAGUAGAGAAACAAGGUACCAUGGUAUUGCAUAUCAUAAUGAUAAACUCUAUGCUUUACAUGAAUCAGGGAUUGAUGUUUGGGACUUUGGCAAUCCUUUUCCGACAAAAGUUUCAACCAUUGAACUUUCUAGACAUAUGACUCUUCACAAAAACCGAUCCGAUUCUAAAAACUUUAGAUGUUACAGAAAUAUUGUGGAAUCAAUGGGGGAGCUUUUCUUUGUUUAUCUAUUUACUUUUUGCAAUAGCUCUACUAGUACUAGAGGACAUGAAAUAAGAAUCUAUAAGUUCAAUCCAGGUGAGAAUACAUGGGAACAGCAAGAAAAUUUGUGUGGUCGAUCUCUUUUUAUUGCUAAUCACCAGAUUAUGGCUGUAUGUGCUAGAGAUUUUCCAGAAUGGGAAGAAAAUUCGGUUUACUUUGCUGAUGAAUCUGAUUUGGGGCUAUACAAGUUACCGAUUAAUGGUGAUGUUAUGGAACCAUUGUUUCAACAACGUAAGAGCAAUACUUAUUCGCCACCUUGUUGGAUUGUUCCUAACUUCUGAGUUUUACAUCUUUUUUUUCCUAUGUAAAAUUGUGAUAUAUACAGUGUGAUAUGUUUAUUGAAAAACAAUAUUCCAUGACUUCCCAAGUACAAUUUCGUGUCUGUAAGUUGGAUUAUAGCGGGGAAGGAUGGAAAAGUUUAUGGGAUCUAGAAACCAUCCGAUGUUUUGUAUAGAUAUUUUCCAGAAUGUGUAUGAUA